GUUUUGUUGACACCCGACGCGUCUAGGUGUUGCACUCUAAACGCUUCCCCCGAAACAAGCGAACUCAUUCAAGGGUCUUUGGCUAGAGGUCCUGUGUUGAAAGUUUAAGAUGUUUUUGACAAGAUCCGAAUAUGACAGAGGUGUGAACACAUUCUCCCCCGAGGGACGAUUGUUCCAGGUUGAAUAUGCCAUCGAGGCCAUAAAGUUGGGCUCCACAGCCAUUGGUAUCCAGACGUCAGAGGGAGUGUGUCUGGCUGUGGAAAAGAGAAUCACCUCUCCACUUAUGGAGCCCAACAGCAUUGAAAAGAUCGUUGAGAUCGACACUCACAUCGGUUGCGCCAUGAGUGGCUUGAUAGCCGAUGCCAAGACUCUUAUUGACAAAGCAAGAGUGGAAACACAGAACCAUUGGUUCACUUACAAUGAGACAAUGACAGUGGAGAGCGUGACUCAGGCUGUGUCCAACCUGGCACUGCAGUUUGGAGAAGAGGACGCUGAUCCUGGUGCCAUGAGUCGACCUUUUGGCGUGGCACUUCUGUUUGGAGGAGUCGAUGAAAAGGGACCUCAGUUGUACCACAUGGACCCAUCAGGAACCUUUGUGCAGUGUGACGCUCGGGCCAUCGGCUCUGCGUCUGAGGGAGCACAGAGCUCUCUGCAGGAGGUCUACCACAAGUCCAUGACAUUAAAAGACGCCAUCAAGUCAUCUCUCACCAUUCUGAAGCAGGUGAUGGAGGAAAAGCUGAACGCUACCAACAUUGAGCUGGCGACAGUAGAGCCCAAUAAGACCUUCCACAUGUAUUCCAAAGAAGAGCUUGAGGAUGUAAUCAAGGACAUCUAGAGCGGAAACGAUUCAAAAAGUCUGGAGUUCGAGUUCUGGGCAGGAGCGGACAAGGAUC